AGAUCUGAUGUGAUGAUAGAGGACGUGUGACAGCACGUAAAGUACAAUACACUUGACAAGCCUUCUCAUCCAAGAGGCGCAUCGGUGUAGACAUUCUGCAGGUGUAUUUGCCUGGACCACGAGAGACAAUUACUUAUAUCAAGAAGCUCGCUUUAAGCAUCACUAGACGAAGAACUUGCAUUGAUUUAACUGCUAAACAUAGCCAGACCGUCACACCUUUAAGAUGAAUAAGGUGGACAUGUUGAAACUAUUGACUACAGUUGCUCUGUUAACUCUCGCACCGGGCUUGGACGCUGCACCGUUGGUGACUGAAGAACCAAAAGUUUUUGAAGAACAAAGUGAUGGAGACAAUAAAAAACCUCCAGAUCUUUGGAAAACUGUCACGGAUGAAGCAGAUAAUAAAGCACAAGCGACAAAGGUUCUUGAUAAACUACUGAGGACCGGAUCGAUGACGACGUUUCCUGAUGGAGAGAUUGAAGCUAUAGGAGUUUUUGACUUAGCAACUAGUAGCCCAAAUGUCAGAGAUCAAGCGUUAGGCACUGGUAUCAAUAACCCAUUAAAAAUGAGUCAUACUAACGGACAAGAGGAGAUUCCUCCAGCAUCCGACGGCGCCUCUCCGCGUUCCCGACAGCAAGCAGAACAGACCGGCCUGUUCAGACUGUCAAAAGUGAUGGAUUCAACAGUGACCAAGCUGGAUCGAGUCUCGGCUGGUCCUGGUACUCGAGAGGAGCUUGUGAAGAUGUUGAGUGCACUUGAAGAGUUUCAAAAGUUAAUGAACAACACGCUGAGCCAUCGAAUCACCUUCACAACCAGAGGAAACGGCAACGGUCGAAAUCCCGGGAAGAAGAACAAAACGGUAGUGACCGAUGGAAAUCUCAAAUCGACCACAGCGACCACUGUGAUGAGCGGUGUGACUUCAGUGAAGGCCAGCACGGAUCAUACGGAUCUUAAACAUAACGGAAAAGCAUAUAAAAAGUCCCUUCAGUCAGGCCCGAAGAAACCUAACAAAAGAGUGUGUUUCUGGAAAUAUUGCUCACAAAACUGAAACAUUGAAAACGACUACUUCGCUUAGAUGAUGAACUCAUUCCACCAAGCCGACCAUAGACGCUUACAAUCCUCUCAAUGGACCGUCCAUAACACGACUGACACCUCUGAGCUUUCUCUGACGUGUGUACUCUUCAUUUUGUGCACGAAAUCUUGUUAACUUUUGAUUCACAUCACAACGUUGUUGCAAGCGCCAAUAAAAUGACAAAGCAUGCAAAAAUACCACGAUAAUAAAGAGAACUUUUAUUUUUCUACA